GUUUCCAAAGUGAGAAAUCGAUAGAAAAUUAACUGAGUGUAAAUGGUGUAAUUUGUAGCUCAUAUAAAAUCCAAUCUUCUUCGUCCAUUUAUUGUUUAUCGCUAUUUUGUUUUAUUUCCAACAACUAUUUUUUUUUAUGUUAAUGGCUAAUGCUUAACUCGAUAUAUGAAGCUUGCCAAGUGUGAACAUCUAUCCGCAGAUAUCGAAUGUGCACGAAUUAGACACUUUUGCUCAUCUUUAAUAAAAAUAGGCACAAGAAAAUGGACGAGGAAUUGGAAUUGAUCAACAGAGACUUAAACAAUGCCCUGUCCAAGUUAAAAGAAAGCAACAGCGAUGGUCCACAGAGCCGCAAGGAGAAGAUGGCCCAGCUGAUCCGCCUGCACCUGCAGCACGUGCAAACCACAGUGGUCACCCAAAGGCGGAGGGCUCAGCAAAGGACCAAACGGCAAUUCAGAAAGAUGCGCUCCUUUUUCAUGCAGCAAAUGAUGGAGAUGCACUCGAACUACCUGCAGAUGUACACCAUGCUGCGCCUAAAGCAUGCCCGAUCCGAGGACACGGAUUCCGAGGCAAGCGAUGUGGAGGGAGAGGAACAGGAGCAGAUCGACGUGCAGACGGACUUCCCCAGCUUCGAUUCCAACUUCUUUGAGCAUGUGAUUCCAGAGCUGAGUGAGGAGGAGUUUCUCAACACGCUCCACGUUACACGGGGAACCUUCGAUACACUGUGCAAGCAGUUGGCCCCCACUCUGCGAACAGCGGAUGAACUGGCUCGAAGAUUGCCCGCCAUCUCGCCCGAGAAGUGCGUGGCCUUAGCCCUUUACUUCCUGGCCAGCGGCGAACGACUGUCAUUGAUCGCUGAGCGGUUUUCCUUGCCCCGUCCAAGGACCAUCAAAUGCCUGAAAGUCUUCUGCAACGCCGUGAUGUCCACUUUGGGCCGGGCCCUCCGCCAGUUGCCCCAGCAUCCCGUGGACUGCAAUAGUGUGGCGGAGGGCUUUCAGCGCGAGAGUAACAUGCCCGCAGCCCUCGUCGGCGUCCUGGGAGUCUGCUCCAUUCCCAUAAGGGCCAACGGCGAAGCCAAGCACUCGGUGCUACGCAUGGAGUAUCUUCUGGACGACCGGAUGCUCUUUCGAGAGCUGCAAUUGGGUUGUGGCCAGCGUUCCACCCUGGUGCCCAUGUUUUCGCACACGCCAAAUACCCUCUCCUCGCUCCCCAAAUUCCGCAUCAAUAACCGCCCAGUGCCGGCUUUCGUCUUGGCUCCGGUUUAUCAGAAUUAUCCCCUGCGUCCCUGGCUGCUACAGCGCUAUGCCGAUCCCAUUGCCCCGCACGAACACGAUUUUAACGAGGUGGCCGAGCACCUGCAGGAGUCUAGCGACUGCGCCCUGCAUCGCCUCAUGUCCCGCUGGAGCUUCCUCAGUCAGCCGCUGGACAUAAGCUUCCACACCGCUUCCUGCAUCAUCACAGCUGCCGCCGUGCUGCACAAUCUGCUCGAGGAACUGAGCGAACCGCACAUGCUAGAAUGGGGCAACUCGGUGGAUGUGUCCAAGUUCAGAGCAGAACCUCUGGAAAAUUCGCUCAGCGAUGAAACACCGUCCCAUGCUGCGCUUGAGGUGCGCGAUUUUCUGGCUAGAACCAUUAGCUCCACUGAAAUAUAAUCCUAUUUUAUAUAUUUAUAAUGAAUAGCUUGUAGCAGAUUUCCGUUUAAGAAUGGGAAAUCUUAGGAUUUGGAUUCCAUAGUGGAAGUAUUUGUAAGGACUUCAAUAGUGCUUAAGGGACAGGAAAACUUAAAAAUCUAACCCCAAAGACUUAAGCUUAAUAGCAAGUAUGCGAAGGCUUGCUUACUUGCAAUAAAAUAAUCAAAUUUUGUACAUUA